CUAUGAGCCUUAGUGAGUCAGAAUUCUCAGAGGAUGAGCAAGAACUGGGAGAGGAGCAGAAUGAUGACUGCAGACAGUCUCCGGACAAACUCCAGAGUAGAGAAAGUGGUAGUGAAUUGGAUGAUGCCAAACCCAGGAAAAGGACCAGACCUGUUAGGUCCAAAGCUAGAAGGGUAGCAGCCAACGUGAGAGAGAGAAAAAGAAUUCUGGACUACAACCAAGCCUUCAAUGCACUGAGGCUGACACUAAAGCAUGACCUGAGUGGCAAGAGGUUGUCCAAGAUUGCUACCUUAAAGAGGGCAAUCAAUAGGAUAUCUACUCUCUCUAUGUUUCUCCACUCAAGCUCUCAACAGAAAUGGUCCUGCAGCCACAGUGAGUGCCACCUUCAAUAUGAUGGGCACAGACAAUCCGAGAUUAAGGACAGCUGCCCUCAGCCUCCUUUUUUGAUGUCAGAACAAAUCCAUCAAGUUGCGCCACCCAUUUCUCCCUAUGAAGAAACCAACCAUUUCCAGCCGAACCAUUCUCCAAAUUACUCCAGGCUUUCACCAGAGACUUCUUAUUUCCAAUGCCAGUAUGGGACCCCAGCAGAAGACAAUAAAAUCCCAAAUUGUCCGUACUACAUGCAUGGGAGUUACAGCAUUGGCAUCAGAGGAGCUUGCUAUCAGAAUCGCGUGGACAGUCUUGAGGAAUCAUAUGGUGGACACUUUAAGUCAUGGCAGUUUGGUUCUCUGCAAGGACCAUCUUACCAGCAUUCUCUGCCCAUGCACUAACAUUACCCCUGUGAUAUCCGAGAAGAGUUUAAUGUGAGUUUGGCAAAGGACUUCUAGGAUCUAUAUGCAUUUAACAUCACAUCCAAGUUAAUGUAAAAAGUAUGUCUUUGUAAAACUUUAUAAAAUAUGCUGUGUAGCUGUGAACAGUUAGAGCUCAGGGGUAAGAAUACUGUAUAUGACUAAUCCCAGACAUUGAAGGUAUGCCACCAAUGCAACUAGUGACAAG